AUUUUUUGGAAAUUAAAUAUUUAUUAGUAGAGUAGAUUAAAUGUAUAGAAAAAUGAUACAUAAAAUACAAUAAUCUAAAAGUUUGUAAUUUAAAUUAGGUGCAACUUUAUUCACAACGGCAAUAGGCUUAAGUUAUGCUUAUUAUAAGUAUAGAAAGGAGAGCUUGAAUAAUUUAAAAAAGUAAAAUACCCCUAAAGUUAAAGAUAAUUACAACUCUGUUGAUGAAUUAUCUUUGUCAAACAUAGAUAAAGUUAAAUGUCUACACUAUGAUUUAAUAUUAUAUAUCUCUUUUGAUAAAAAAUCUAUAGAAGGAAGUGUUAACUAUCAUUUCGAAGCAACCUAAAAAACCAGAAAAGUUUAUUUAGAUAUUAGAAACAUAAAAAUUAAAAAUAUCAUAAUGGAUGGUCAAAAGCUGGAGUACACAAUAUUAUCAAUUGACAAAACAAAAAGUUUUGGUGAACAACUUCAAAUAUUUUUACCAUAAAAAUACGAAUAAGGGAGCAAAUUUGAAUUAACUAUUCAGUAUGAAACUAUCUAGUCUAAGCAUUCAGGUCUUAACUGGUUGAAUCCCUCCUAAACAGAAGGAAAGGUGCAUCCUUAUUUAUUUACUUAAUCUGAACCAUAUUGGAAUAGGACAAUAUUCCCUUGCUAAGAUAGUCCUGCUAUUAAAUCAACAUACACAGCUUAGUUGCACGUCACAUAACCUUUAAAAGCUUAUUGCUCUGCAAAGUUAAUAAGUAAGUCUGAAACAGAGCACGAAACUAUUAUGAACUUUAAAUAGGACAUUCCUAUCCCUUCUUAUCUGUUUGCUUUAGUGGCUGGUAAUUUAGAAGAAAGAAAAACUUCUGAUAGAACUAGUGUCAUUUCAGAACCAGAAGUCAUUGAAAAAUAUACUAAAGAAUUAGAAGACAUGGAAGUUUAAUUAAAAACUCUUGAGGAAAUAAUAACUCCUUAUGAGUGGGAAGAAUAUAAGAUAGUUGUUUUGCCUGCUUCUUUCCCCUAUGGUGGAAUGGAGAAUCCUUUAUUGACAUUUGCUUCUCCUUCAAUUAUUGUAGGAGAUAAAUCAGCUACCGAUGUAGUCAUUCAUGAAAUGGCUCAUUCUUGGAGUGGAAAUCUAUUUACAUGUAAAAACUGGAGGGAGGUCUGGUUGAAUGAAGGAUGGACUGGAUAUUUUGAAUGUGAAGCUAUAAGAAAGUUGCAUGGAGAAGAAGAAUAUCAAGUAAAAUUUUCUAUGCUUGACAAUGAACUGAAAAACAGUAUUGAUAAGAUUGGGCACCAUCACAGUUAUACUACUCUUAAUCCUAUCAUAGAUUUAUCAAAUCCCGACGAAUCAUUUGUAGGAGUUCCUUAUUUAAGAGGAUUAUAAUUCCUGACUCACCUUUAGAAUUUUUUAGGAAAAAAUGAAUUUUCUAAAUUUACAAGAAGCUUUAUUGAGAAAUUUAAAUAUAAAAGUGUUGACACUCAAGAUUUCAAAGAAUCAUUUAAAGAAUUCUUCGGAGAAUAAAUAUACACUUAAAUUGAUUGGAACGCCUGGAUUACAAAGCCAGGUUACCCUCCUUAAGUCUUUGCAAUUAAUUGUCAAGGUGUUGAGAAGCCUAAGUAAGCUGCUUUGAGAUUUUUAAAUGAAUCAAAUAUAUCUAAAUAAGAAUGGGAUACUUUUUCUGUUUAACAAAAAAUAAUUUUUUUAUAAGAAGUUAAUAAAAAAGACAAAUUAACUUAAGAUAAAGUAAAGCUAUUAGAUGAAAAUUUGGAACUGUUUAAUUUAGUAAAUCCAGAAGUUUACACCAAGUGGUUUGUAGUUGCCCUAGUGGCUAAGUAUGACCCUAUCAUUCCUUAUGUAAAAAAGCAUUUAAGUUAGUACGGAAGAAUGAAGUUUGUAAGAGAGAUUUACAAAUUGUUAGAUGAAUAUAAUCACGAUUUAGCUGUUGAAGUUUUCAAAUAGAACGAAGAGCUUUAUUACGGUUUUUGCCAUAGUUUAGUAAAGUCAGACCUUAAGUUAUGAAUAGAGAAAAAUAAUAAAUAAUUUUUUUCAUUUUUUUAGAAUUAUUUUAAAUAUUUUUGUAAUCAAAGCUCUAAAAGCAAUUUUUGUUGAUAACAUAAUAAAAGUAAAAAAUUUUAAUUGAUUAAA